GAGGCCCGCAGUGUUCAAUAUUGUGGUAGCAUCGUCGGAUCUCUCACCAUUUGAAGUGCUACUUGCUAUCGUUUAUAACAUAAUAGGCAUUAAGACGACAUGUCUUAUUCACCGACUUCAAAAGCGACUCUCUUCCUGUUGGUUAUCUUAACAUUAACCCUUAUUGAGAGCGCUGUUUCGGUUUCACUUACUAAACGCCAUAUUCCAGGCCGAGUUCCAGGUCGCCCAAGAAAGAUCGUAGGUGGAUUCUCACCGAUCGACGUGGACGAUCCCAACGUCAAGGAAGUAGCCGAAUUUGCUACAAGCGCCAUAUCGGAAAGUAGCAAUUCUGGGCCUUUAUCACUAAUCAAAAUAGUCAAAGCUGAAUCCCAAGUAGUGGCCGGAAGGAAUUAUAAAUUGAUCCUAGAGCUCAGUAGCGUCGUUGACGGGGCUAGCGAGACCGAAGAAACCCUUUGCGAAGUGAUUGUUUUCCAUCAGCCAUGGACGCAAACACGGAAACUGAGCAAGUCAAACUGUUUACCAAUUAAAGUAAUUCAUUCUUGGACCGAAACUCGUGAACUCGGAGCUUCUGUAAACUGUCAAAAAGCACAAAUCGAAACUGUUCCUGACACUCCGGCGAUUAUGAUCGGUGGCUUCUUGCCGAUCGACACCGACGACGCUUCAGUCAAAGAAAUGGCUGAUUUUGCUACAACUAGAAUAUCAGAAAGCAGUAAUUCGGGGCCAUUAGCAUUGAUCACAGUUGUAAAAGCAGAAUCGCAGGUUGUAGCCGGUAAGAAUUACAAACUAACUCUGGAGCUGGGUAGUGCUGCCGAUGGAGCCGUAGGAAGUAAUCUUAUUUGCAAUGUACUCGUUUUUCAUCAAUCGUGGACUCAAACACUUGAACUGAAGGAGUCCAAUUGUUUGGCACCGAUCGAAGCCGAGACUGACAUAGUAACUGAAAUACUGCGAGCUAUUGACGGACGGGAAGACUUGUCGAGACUAGCUGGUUAUCUAAAUGCGUCUCGUGAAACCUUGAUAAAAGAGUUUCCUCUCACCAGUUCUGAUGGAAGAAAAUUGGGCUACACGUUAUUUGCACCCACAUCGAUGGCUUUCAUGAUGCAAAUGCCGCAAGACGCUGGCGAUCCUCUCGUAAUGGACGCCGAUUUUCGCCGGUCGGUACUGAUUCGCCAUUUUGUUCGCGAGGAUGUUUCGUCGGACGAUUUAGGGAAAUUGGACAAGCUCGUCAUGGCCGACUCUAACGAGGUUAUAUUCUCAAGAAAGAGCGCAAAUGAAUUAUGCAACCUACCUCCAAUAGACAGUGAUGGAUCUGAAUGUGAAGCAUACAUUCCGUCAUGGACGUUCCAACCAAAUUCCGGCAGAUGUGAGAACUACGUAUACGGUGGCUGUUUCAAGACGAAAAAUCUUUUUGAAACAGAAGAAGAAUGCCAAGCCGCCUGUGAUCCAGCAGUCUAUCCUUUAACACAGGUGGUAAACGAGACAGAAAUCCAACAGGUAGCCAUUCUUUUGGAAAAAGAUUUGGGAACCGUUUACGCCAUUGAUCGAGUUUUCAUGAGUGGUGAUGAAGUUGGCGAAAUCCUUCGUAAACAUCCUAGUCCCGGCUUUGGAUUUUUCGGAAUGCUGCCAAUUGAAAUACAACCAACAGUCAAUGAGAACACUCCUGCUAGAAUCACUGGCGGAUUUUCUACUAUCGACGUGGACGACGCCUACAUAAAGGAGAUCGCCGAUUUCGCUACAACCGCCAUAUCUGCAAAUAAUAACUCAGGACCAGUUAGAUUGAUUAGGAUUAUCAAAGCUGAAUCGCAGAUUGUGGCCGGAAAAAAUUUUAAAUUGACUCUUAAAUUUAACAGCGCUAUCGACGAAGCUGAUUCCCUCCUGUGCGAUGUGGUCGUAUUCGAUCAAUCGUGGUCACAAACCCGACAAUUAAAACAAUCGAAUUGUUUGUCGAUAAAUACUGUCGUUUUAUGGAACCAAAUUCUCAAACAGGAAAAUGACUCUUUAACGAAUUCACAAGUUACAGAGUUACAUAGUUUGUUUUAGCUAACCGUUACCAAAUACAAACUUGGUCAACGCUGACGAGGUUGUGCCAAACUUUCCUUGGUUUAAAUAAUAUACCCCCCCCCCAAAAAAAAAACACACAAACAUAUGUUCAUUUCUUGAUAAAUGUUUGUUUAAAUACAAUGAUUUUCACACCUGUAA